AUGCCAAGAACAACAAGAAAACGAAAAAUAGUUUCAAAUGAAGUGAGUUUCCAUUUAUUUCUUUGUUUUUUUUUUGAAAAAUGAUAAAAACGUUUUUCAGAGCUGGCGUAGUCAAGAUGACUCGUCAAUUGGAUGGUUUGAUAUUCCACUUGAGAUGAGAGAAAUGGUCACAAAUAAAAUGGAUAUCAAAACACGCUGUAAAUUCAUGCAAUGUUCGAAAAAAUGUGAAGAUGAAGUGAAAAUAUCGAAACAGUUUCGAACAGGAAUCAAAAUAAGUCGAUCGAAACAUCCAGAAAUUCGCAUUGGACUUGGAAAGCGAUGUGAUUAUCAUUAUUGUUUGGAAUUCAUCGAAGUUUUGGAUAUAACUGAACCACAAGUAAUCGUUGUUUAUAAAACGUAAGCCUUUUCAGUAGUACUUUUAAAAAAAUGAUAUUGUUCAGUGUUGCUCAAGUUUCUGUUAAAAAAGAAAAUGAUGGAAGUGAGAAAACAAAUAUCAAAUGGGUGAAAACAGAAAAUGGGAAAGUAGAAGAAGUUAGAUUCAAAUAUUUGGAUGAAUUCAUCAAAAAACAUUGGAAAACUAUCGACAGGUUUGAAAUUCGGGUAAGAUUGUUAAUCUUGAAGUUUCAUUUGUCAAUUAUUUAAUUUCAGGAUGGAUUCUAUUACAAAAAGGGAUUUAUGAAGCAAUUGAAAAAUUUGAAAUCGUUUGCAAAUCAUUAUAGAAUUGAUGUUAGAUCGCAAGGAUUGAUGGAUUUAUCACAAAUCAGUCAAAUUGACAAAUGUUAUUUGGGAGACACAAAAUUCAAAUUCAAAGAAGUUUUGCAAUUCGAAGGCUCAUUUUAUCAAAUCAGUUCGGAUGAUUUUGAUAAAGAACAUAUCGAGAAAUAUUUGAAGAUGUGGAAAAAUGGCGAAUUACACAGAAAUCUGAAAUGCCUUGGGGUUUCUUUUCGAAGAUUGUAUCGAAAUCAUGGAGAUUGUAGAAAUCUGGCAAAAAGUGUUGAUGGUUUUGAUUAUUUUCAAAAUAUUCAUAAUUGGUGGGUUUUAUUAGAAUCUAACAAAAUUUCAAUAGUGAUUUUUCAGUACAUUUCGAUUUCUUCUGAAUUAUGAAAGAGAAUCGAAAUAUUAUUGUAAUGUUCAAUUGUCAUCAUUCCGUUUCAAUGUCUAUAUUUCAUCAUUUCGUUAUGAUGAAGUUAUAAGAAAUCGUCAACCUUUGAUCUAUUAA